AAAUAAAUUAUGAUUAAUAAUUAAUCUCAAAUCUAAAUACUAGUAAUAUUCUUCCCUGCAAGUUCCAUUCUUUCUUCUAUUCUCUCAAGACAAGAAACUCACCAUGCCUUUUGUGACACAAGAGACAACAACAACAACAACAAAAACAGAACAAUGGAGAAAACAACACAGAAACCAAAUCGGUUACAAAACCAUUUUAGAAACAGAUCCUAACACAAAACAAAUCCGACCCAUUAUCCAAUCCACACGUUGCAAGUCCACAAUUUCAUCUCUUCUUCUAUCCACAUUCACCAAUGAAACAACAACCUCACAACAACCCAACAACAAAAAGAUCAACUUUUCAUCUGCUGCAGCUACCAUCAGAGGUUUAGGAUGCACUGCCGGUGCUUCUCAGCAGGUGUCGGUGCCGGAGGUGAUUCGUGCCUCUGCAGAUUGGCCUCAUCAAGUGAACAAAACCAGAAAAAAGAAGAAGAACAAGAGAAACAACAAGAAUAGUAGUAGUAAUGAUGGUUCUUCUUCUGCUACUUGUGUUGAUUUUCAAGAUGUUUGGUGUGGACCUGGAAUGGGAUUCUCAACAGAUGCUGCUGCAUCUGUUGAUUGUGUUGUGUCUAAGAAGAAUGCUUCUUCAACUUCAAGGGCUAAAAUUGAUGUGGACAAGAUUACUCAUAGAGGGUCUUCAUCUUCAUUCCGAAGGCGCACUACUGUCCACCCAGAAGCCUUCUCUUUUCCGGAUACCGAUCCUGACAUUUUCACAGCAUGCUCUUUUGGAACUGCCGCAUACCCUCGCCAUAUCAGAGAUAUUUCUUCUGAUGAUUUUUCUGAGAUAAUGGCACUUCAAGGAAGAAUGCGAAUGGGAAGACGAUUCAAUUCACACGACCUUUACAGAGAGUGGAGACUAGAUGUUGAUAACAUGUCAUAUGAGCAAUUGCUUGAGCUUGGUGAGAGAAUUGGUUAUGUCAAUACCGGACUUGAAGAAGAUGAGAUCGAACCUUACAUAAUGAAGACUAAGCUUCAGCAGCUUUGUGAAGAUGCUUCAAAGCAUCAAGUAGACAAAAAAUGCAGCAUCUUCCAGGAGGAGUAUGAAGCAGAUGAUGAGGUUGGGAGGCUUAACUGUGAUCACUUAUAUCACUUUCAAUGCAUACAACAAUGGGUUGGACACAAAAAUUUCUGUCCAGUGUGUAAGCAGCAAGUUGCAGCUAGACACUGAGGAUAUAUAUAUAUAUAUAUAUAUAAUCCUAAUGUUUUUUUUUUAUUUUCAUCCUAAAAUAGGUGUAUAAUUUUGAUUUUUUUGGUGUCAAUCAUCAUUUCAUCUUCAAACUUUAAAGCCUCCUUGUUGAGGAUUGUGGACAAUAUAUGUUAUUAUUGGAUGAAGGUUUCUUAACAAUGGAUUGAGUUUAA